AUGCCCACAGGAAUCUCAUCUCCUAUUGCCAAUGGGACCGAUCCUCUCUCAAAGCCACAGACAUCGAGCUCUUCGAUCCUCGACCCGGCCAACUUUCCACAAAUUCUCUCGUCAGAGACAAUCCACAUCUCGUUAGUCUACGAUCCUCUGGACAUUCCGACCUACCUCCGCUUCACUCGCUCGCCUACUGCAGGUGCCAACGUGCUCUUUUUGGGCACUACUCGCAAUAACUUCGACUCCCGGCCGGUAUCACGGCUGUCAUACUCAGCUUACCCGUCCCUUGCCCUUAAAUCUCUGUACGCCAUUGCCGAAGACGUACAAAAAAAACACGGACUUGAAAAAAUAGUGAUAGUCCACCGUCUGGGGGAAGUCAAGGUCGAGGAGGAGAGUAUCGCUGUUGUGGUGAGCAGCGGGCAUCGUGAGAGUGGCUGGAAGGGUGCGGAAGAGAUCUUGGAGAGGGUCAAAGCAAGGGCUGAAAUCUGGAAGAGAGAGUGGUUUGCUGACACUGGCGAAGUGCAAGAAGGUGUUUGGCGGGCGAACAAGGACAGAGACGCGAAAGGCAACAUCAUACAAACGAAGUAA